UUCCGCAAAGGACACUGGACUGGCCAUAUUUUCGAACUUGAAGGCGGUGCUCAUAGGCUUUCUUAAGCUACAGCAGUGAAGUGCUGAGGAUUUUCCACUGUGUCACUGGUGCGUUGCGGUUUGUUCGGCGUCAAUAGUUGGAUGAUGUAGUAUCGCAAAGCGUAGUUUACAGUUUGCCCUGACGUUUUCCCCGGCUACCGUGCAAGAGCUGAUCUUCUGUUUCGGCUAAGUCGACUGGUACGAAGGUCGCGACAUGGAUAUUAUCGCCAGGCUGCCCGAAGCCGAGUCGCCUACUGGUCUCACCUUCGAGAACCUGGACCACUUGGAACGCGUGUUCCGUGAGGCAGUUGGGCCUGGCAAGGAAUUGAACAGAGAACAGUUCCGCCAGAUCGUACAGUCCCGCAACGCCUUCUUCGCCGAACGCAUGUUCCAACUGUUCGACACGGACAAGUCUGGCACCAUAUCGCUGGACGAGUUCAUCUCGGCCGUCAAGCGCUUCGCCAAGAAGUCGCAGGAUGACAAGCUGGCGAUCCUGUUCCAACUUUACGAUGUCGACGGUGAUGGUCUGAUUCAACCGCAGGAACUGCGGGACGUCAUGCGGGCUUGCAUGGAAGAGAACGGCCUGCAGUUUACCGAGUAUGAACUGGACGAAUUGACUAACGUCCUUUUCGAAGACGCCGAUCGUGACGAGACGGGCUCCGUGACGCUAGACGAACUCCGGUGUCAGCUUCAGAGCAGGCCGGGUCUUUACGAAAACCUGACGGUCAGUGUCGAGCGUUGGCUUCUUCCACCGUCGGGUCGCCGCUCCAACAAGCCGACACUCGCGUCGCAUUGGCCCAAGAAGCUUACGCGAAACUACCUCAGGAAUAACGCGGUGAGCGCAGCAUUUUGCUUUUGCUUCUUCGCGCUCCAAGUCGCGGUUUUCCUUAGCCGCAUGGAAGCCGAAUCGAUGAAGCACCGGGACCUCAAAGAGAGUAUCGACCGCUACUGGUUUCAAGUACUCACCUGGCAGAUGGGAGCGAUGGCCGGUUUGAACCACACCAGCGAAGGUUUUUUCAGCGUGCAAGAUGGCUCCGAAGUCGAGUGGAUGCCCACCGCUCCGACGAUGGGACUUCACAGUGAGUAUGAACUUGUCGCCCGCGAAUUCGGCCAGCUGCUGAACUUCGUCUGCGCGUUCACGGCACUGCCGGUACUGAGGCACUGCAUCACUUGGCUCCGAAGCCACGGCGCUGGCAGGUUCUUGCCGCUGGACAGCAGCAUAUACUAUCAUAAGCUGACGGGAUGGUGCAUCUUCGUGUACAGCAUCCUUCACACCUUAGCUCACCUGUUGAACUUCAUUCGCCUCUCCAAGCGCGACUGCCACAUGCUGAUACUGUACCUGUUCACGACGCACCACGACAUCGGCUGGGUGGGUGGCACUGCGUCCAUCACAGGCUGGGUUCUUCUGGUGGUCCUCACCAUCAUGGUCUUCUGUUCACUGCCCUGCCUGCGCCGAAGCGGCCGUUUCGAAGUGUUCUACUUUACGCACCUCCUCUACACGGUGUUCUGGUUCUUCCUCAUCCUGCAUGCGCCAAAUUUUUGGAAGUGGUUUCUCGUGCCUGGUCUGCUGCUCACAAUGGAGAUGCUGGCGCGGGCCUGCCGGUUCUUCAGCUCGUACGGCAUGACAACGGUGCUCAAGGGCGUCAUCUUGCCCUCCAAGGUGAUUCACCUAGUGUUGAAGAAGCCUCCCGACUUCGACUACCACCCCGGUGACUACAUCUACCUCAACAUCCCCUGUCUGGCGCGGUUCGAGUGGCACCCUUUCACAAUCAGCAGCGCGCCCGAAAAGGACGACGUCAUCUGGCUUCACAUUCGCUCCUUCGGUGGCUGGACGAACCACCUUUACCACUACUUCGACAACUUCAGGCGUGAGGCCUCCCAGCUUCCACCUUCCGGAAGGGUGAGCGCCACUGAUCUGCGGUUGCGAUCGCUCGACGGACUCGAGGGUGCCUACCUGGACAAGAACAGGCUGAGGGACUCCGAGAGCGUGGUGCUCAUGCCUCGGGGCACGCAGCCGAGGGACAGCUGCGCCUUUCUGGAGACGGGCCAUGAGCUGGAGGCCAUCGUCGAAAGGGGCCUCGAGACCGGAGCUCGCUACGCGGACUACACGAGCCUCAUCAUCGCCAAGAACCCGCUGACGGUGCGCAUCGACGGCCCUUACGGGUCGCCCUCGAGCCACAUCUUUCGAGCUCAGCACGCCGUCCUGGUCGCCGCUGGCAUCGGGGUGACGCCGUUUGCGAGCAUCCUUCAGAGCAUCAUGUACAGGUACUACCAGGCGCGGUCCACGUGUCCCCAGUGCAACCACUGUUGGGUCGAGAAGCUGCCGAGCAGCGUGAUGAAGCUGCGCAAGGUGGACUUCAUCUGGAUCAACCGGAGCCAGCAGUCCCUGGAAUGGUUCGUGCGACUUCUGAGCGACUUGGAGGCCGAGCAGGCCCUCCUGGGCGACGUGCUCGAACGGUUCCUGGACGUGCACAUAUACAUCACCUCUGCACUCAGCCGCACCGACAUGAAGGCCGUGGGGCUCCAGCUGGCGCUGGACCUCCUCCACGAGAAGGACAAGCGAUGCCUCAUAACGGGACUCAAGAGCCGCACCCAGCCCGGCAGGCCCGAUUGGGAGAAGGUCUUCGAGGGCAUCAAGGAACAGAAGAAAGGAAAAGUGACCGUGUUCUAUUGCGGACCGCCGGCGCUCAGUCAGAUCCUGCACGACCACUGCAACAGGCAUCACUUUGCAUUCAGGAAGGAAGUGUUUUAAGCGAGCCCGAAUGGUGCCGUCCUGAAUAUACUCUAGGUUUCUCAGUGUCUGGCCUAUGUAUUUGCAGCAAAAGCAUAGCUACCAAUCGAGAGAUGGUGAUGUAAAUAGUACUUUUAUGUUGCGUAUCUUUUAAGCAACCAGAUGUACAUGUUUAUUACCAUCUGGUUGUAACAUUUUAGUAGACACUUUCCGUUGAUUAUGUUAACAGUUCGCACUUAGUGUUGUCACUUAUCACUGUUAUUAUUUUCGUUAUUAGCAAAUGUGGUGAGUGUCACGGGAUGAAAUAAAAACACUGAAAGUGUGGUUUUAAAGAAAUAAAUAAAACGUGUUCUUAAAUAG